AUGUUACGGACACUCGUAAGGCGGAGUGCCGCCGCUGCCGAAAGGCCGCCGUUGACUAUCCACAACAACCCUUAUCAGACAAAGAAGGUCUGGCCGCCGGAUUACAAGCAGCUCUCGUGGCAGGAACAGUUGAGGUUCGAGAAGAAGUAUAAGCGCAGGGUUAUAUUGGCGUCUAGGAGGCCGAAGUGGGAUAAGGGGGUUAAAUUGGUGCAAUUGGCGACGACAGUCGGUGUUCUUUCUUGGCUAUUCUUCUUCGCGGAGCUAGAGUUCCACGGGAAGAAGUACGUCCCGAACGAAGAGAUUCGCAAGGGUGUUGGCACUCUUUGGGGUAUCUUCGACGAGGCGAAUAGGUACGGCGACGCUUCGAGCGCGAAUCUCCCCGAGUUGGUGAACCAGAGAUCGGACAAAACAAGAUGA